AUGACACCGGAACAGACAGGUCCAGGCCAAAACCAACAUGCUGACGGGGAGCCGGGCAGUGGCCCCACGAACCCACCCAAGUCCGCGGCUGCUGCCGCUACCUUCAAGAAAGGGCCCCGUUUCUAUGCCAUCCUCGUCGCCAUUUGCUUUGUGGGCAUGAUGACUGCCCUGGAGGGCACCAUCACCUCCACCGCACUGCCUUCAAUCAUCGCAGAUUUGGGCGGAGGUGACCGCUAUGUCUGGGCCGUGAACGGCUAUUUUCUUGCCAUGACCGCCUUGCAACCGCUGCAGGGACAGCUGGCCAAUGUAUUCGGACGACGCUGGCCCACCAUCAUUUCCACCGCCACCUUCAUCUUGGGCAGCGGAAUCGGCGGCGGCGCGAGCAAUAUGUCAAUGCUAAUAGCAGGACGCGUGAUCCAGGGUGUGGGUGCCGGAGGAAUCAACGUCCUCAUUGAGAUCAUUGUCUGUGACUUGAUCCCGUUACGUCAACGAGGGCAAUACAUUGGUAUGAUCUUCGGCGUCAUUGCGCUCGGCACGGCCUUGGGCCCCUUAUUCGGCGGCCUCAUUGUCCAACACACCACCUGGCGUUGGGUGUUUUAUCUGAACCUGCCGAUUGGUGGCGUGGCGUUGGUGAUCCUGAUCCUGUUCCUUCAUGUGAAGUACAAUCAGGAAAAGACCUUUGCGGAUAAGCUAACGCAGAUCGAUUGGUUGGGCAACGUGCUUUUUGUGGCGACCAUAAGCGCUAUUCUUAUCGCGCUCUCCUGGGCCGGCGCCGUGUAUCCGUGGUCGUCCUACCACGUUAUUGUGCCUUUGGUCAUCGGCAUGCUGGGUUUAGUGGGCUUCAUGUUGUUUGAAGCGUCGCCGCGACUCGCUCCCCAUCCAAUGAUGCCCCUCCAUCUCUUUUCGAACCGGACGUCCGCGAUAGCGUUCAUUCUGACCUUCCUACACGGGAUCAUCACAAUCUGGGCACUCUUCUUCCUACCCGUUUACUUCCAAGGGGUCCUGGGUUCAUCGACCACCCGAUCUGGUAUUCAGUUGUUGCCGACCAUUCUGGCGCUAGUACCGUUUGCUGGCCUAGGGGGAACCCUGAUGUCGAAGCUAGGUCAAUAUCGGUUCAUCCAUGGUGCUGGUUUUGCUUUGGUGAUUAUCGGCUUCGGACUGUUGACUCUGCUAGACGAGCGCUCCAACACAGGCAGUUGGGUAGGAUUUCAGAUCAUACAGUCUGCUGGUGCGGGUCUAGUCAUUCCCACGUUACUUCCUGCCGUCCUGGCACCAUUGACAGAAGCUGACACCGCGCUGGCCACUGCAACUUGGUCAUUCCUGCGAACCUUUGGCAUGAUGUGGGGAACGGCCAUUCCAGCAGCCGUCUUGAACAAUCGCUUCGAUAGCCUUGCUCCCGGACGCAUCGGAGACCAGCGAGUUCGUACCGAGCUUCUCGGCGGACAAGCAUACGAGCAUGCUACCGCCGCGUUUCGUAACACUUUGCCGUCAGAAACCCUGAAGCAGUUCGUUUCAGUUCUGUCAGAUAGCAUCAAGAGGACUUGGCAAGUGGCCAUUGCCUUUGCAGCUUUGGGGUUACUGGUUGUGCUCUUGGAAAAGGAUGUUCCUUUGCGUCAAGAGUUGGACACUGAGUUCGGACUGGACGAGAAGGGCAAGUCUGAGAAUGCCAAGGAUUCUGAAGCGGGUGUGGAUACAUCUUUGGUCGUAGAAAAGAAAGAAUGA